AUGACAUUAGUCGAUUUUCAUCCAAUAUAUGAUCGUCAGAAAGUUCAAUUUAUUACAACGUAUCUCUGUUUGAAACCAUAUUCAGUAGAAGAAAAUUUUUGGUUUGGUCAUCAACCAUGCUCUAACACGGAUCUAUCAAUGAUAAUUUAUGAGUGGUAUUAUAACAUACCUGCUGUACAAUGGCCUAAAGAGGCUGGCUUUCGAGUAGGAACCAAUACACCAUAUCGAUAUGUUAUUAUUCAUAUAAAAUAUUCUCAAUCUAUCAUAAAUGAUAUCUAUGGAGAACAAAUAACUAUGACUCGUACAAGACCAAAAUAUAAAAUAGGAACUUAUCAAAUAGCAACAAAUAAAUUUGCCUUUCAAAGUCGUAGUAUUUCAUUAUAUCGUGUACGACAUCAUGAAUUACAGUCAAUAUUUAAAGGAAACCUUCAUUGGCCUCAAACUUUUUAUCAAUUACCAAAUUCAAUUGAUAUUCAAGCUAAUGAUUAUUUAAUUGGUACUUGUAUAUAUGAGCAUAAAUCUUCGAAAUAUCUUCGGUAUAUUUCUUCUGAUGUAAUUUGUCAAAUAACAAUAAUGUUUUGGAUGGACCAAGAAGAUGACAUGCCAACAGAAGAAUGUUGGAAUAAUGAUUUUUCUCAAAUUCUCGAACGUUAUCUUCCAAAUACUGCAGAUAUUCCACCACAAACAUUGUAUGAUAUCAAUCCAAUAUAUCCAAAAUUAACACCAAAUGAAUGGGUAAUAAUGAACGAAAAUAUAUCAACAACAAUAUUGAAAUCAACAAAUAAUAAUACAAAUCUGUUGUUUUUAACGUACUCGGAAAUUACUUUUCGUCAAGAAAUUAUUCAUUUUGUACGUCGUUAUCGUAAUUUAUUAUUAAUAAUUUUAAUAUUAAUAUUAAUAGUAUCAAUCGGACUUUUAAUAUUCAUUAUUAUUAUUAAUAGAAUUCCAUCAUGGAAAAAGAAAGAAUAUUUUUCACGAAAUAAGACUCGAUCAAAAGCUAUUGCAGUCGGAGGUGAGACAAGUUCAUUGAGUGAAUGGCUUACAAAACGACGAUUUCAACAAUAUGAUCAAGAUAAUUUUGAUCAUAUUGAAAGUGAACCAUUAACAUAUAAACAUCGAUGGGCUUCAUCAAGUGAAGAAACGGAUAUUUCUGAUAAUGAAGUUUUUAAUAAAACUGAUUUUCAAAAUGUUAUACUUAAAAAUUGA